UAUAUGUACAUGCAUGUAUGUAUGUGUAUGUAUAUAUAUAUGAUACUCUCCUCGUUGAAAAUGUAUAUGAAUUGAUUUGUCAACACAAUUAAAACGUAAACCCAGUACAGAAGUUUAUUAGUUGAGCGAAAAUACAAACCAUGUUUUUCCUUUUUGAUUACAGUAAAUAUUAUAGUUAUAUUAUUCUGCUAGUUAUUGUAUGUAUAGUUUUGUAUAAUGAUGAUUAUAUUGUAAGUGCAAAUGGAGGUAGGAAUAUUAUAUUAAGAGACAAUGAAACAGUCCCGGCGCUCAUCAUGUUCGGAGACUCCAUAGUAGAUCCAGGCAACAACAAUUACUUGAAGACAAUCGUCAAGUGCAAUUUUCCUCCUUAUGGCAGAGACUUUCAAGGAGGCAACCCCACUGGCAGGUUUUGUAAUGGCAAAAUCCCUUCUGACUAUAUAGCCGAGGAAUUUGGUCUUAAGGAGCUAUUGCCAGCCUUUCUUGAUCCAAGUUUGCAGCCUCAAGACCUUCUUACCGGUGUAAGUUUUGCCUCCGGUGGCUCCGGAUAUGACCCUCUCACUCCGGCAAUAGUGUCGGUGUUAUCGUUAACGGAUCAACUGGAGCUGUUCAAAAGAUACUUAGCGAGGGUAGAUUCAAGUUUUGGAAAGGAGGCAACUGCAAAUAUACUGUCAAAAGCCAUUUUCCUAGUCUGCUCGGGAAGUGAUGAUAUUGCAAAUACUUAUUUUUCCACUCCAUUCAGGAGAGCUCAUUACGAUAUUAACUCAUAUACCGAUCUAGUUGUGAGCUCAGCUUCAAGUUUCAUCCAGCAAUUAUAUGGAGUAGGAGCAAGAAGAAUUGGAGUGUUUAGUUUACCUCCAAUUGGGUGUGUGCCAUCACAGAGAACACUUGGUGGAGGACUAAACAGGGAAUGUUCAAAUAAAGCUAACCAAGCUGCAUUGCUCAUCAACUCCAAACUCAAUGUUCAACUCAAUUCUCUUCGGAAAAAGCUUCCAGGUUCCAAGCUUGUCUACGUUGAUAUCUACAAUCCACUGCUUUCCCUCAUCAAAAACCCCGCUCAAUAUGGAUUUGAAGUGGCAAAUAGAGGAUGUUGUGGCACUGGGAAUAUAGAAGUGAGCAUUCUCUGCAAUAGUCUGGAUGAUUCAAAGUCUUGCCCCGACGCUUCCAAAUACAUAUUUUGGGACAGUUAUCAUCCGUCGGAGAAAGCUUAUGAGGUCUUGUCCCCUCUUAUCCUCAGCAAGUGUAUACGUGAAUUCUUUUGAUGAACAAACAGUUUAAAGACCAAACUACUCUUCAUUUUUUCCUAUUAAUUUGUCACUGAUAAUGUAUUGAUAAGGUGUAUUCAUAUUGAAUAAAACUCAAUUUCUUGGUCAACCAAGAAAUUUGAUCUCCA